AUGAGAGGCUGGGGCAUAGAGCAGGGUUGUGUCUUCUGUGGUGAAAGAGAUGAAAGCAGAGACCAUCUCUACUUUGCUUGCCCCUAUACCUUCACGGUUAGGAUGAGCGUUGCUGAAGGGCUACUUGGAUCAAGGAUUACACCAGAUUGGCAAGACACUGUGUCCUCUAUCCUCACCUCGGGUCGAAUUAGACUUAACACUAUCCUUCUUAAACUUGCUUUCCAGACCUCUAUCUACCAACUGUGGAAAGAGAGAAACUCAAGGAGGCAUGGAGGGCUGUGCGCACCAGUGGAGACUACGAGUAAGGCUAUUGGUAAGAUCAUCAAAAACCGUAUAUCCUCACUGAAGUAUAAGGGGAACCACAAGCUACGGGGUCUACUUAGCAGAUGGUUUGAAGUCCAUCCAAACUAG